AACGAACUCAGCCAAAAUAAAACAAAACAAAAACAAGCAAUACUAAAUAAUAUAAGCAUAAAUCGAUUCAUUUCUUCUAUAGAGCUUCUAAAACCAAACACACAAAAUGCACAACAAAUAAUAACAAUAAAAAAGAGCAACCACUAAGCGAAAGACGCGCGCGCAAAAAGAAAUACCAGCAAAAAAAUAAAAAAUAAAGCACAAAAACACAAAGGAAAACUAAACGGGAAAGAUUAAAAACGCCCACGCAAAACAUACAAAACUACACGUAGCCGCUAAGCCGACAAAAGAAGAAGAAGAAAACAAUAACAACAACAACAACAACCAGCAAACAACAACACUCAUCACACUUCACAGCCGCAAACAUGGAACGUCGCCAAGCGUUAGACUCAUCGAUGUCUUCACUCUACUCGGCCAGCUCCUCGAAUCGCCAGCAGCCGCUCCAUUCCCAGUCCCACUUCCAGUCCCAGUCCCAGUCACAGUCGCAGUUCCCGUCGCAGUCGCAGUUGCAGUUACAGUCGCAGUCGCAGCUAGACGCCUUCAAUUAUUCAGCAACAAUGUCAUCAUCGUCGCCAACGCCGAGCCAGGCAACGAACAUCACCAGCACCAGCAACACCAACACUACCACCCCCCUGCGUGCCACCACCAUUGGCACCGUCGUCGUACGCUGUGGACCCAUCCAGCUGGUGAUAGCGCUCUUGCAAAGCCCCGAUAAGAUUUACAUCAAGGUGGUUGAGUUGGAGCCAAAGAUCACAGCGCUUGGCGACAACUUGGAUGAGUCGAUACACAUGCAAAGAGAGCACGAUGAAACACUACGCAAUCUGCAGAACCUGCCCGGUCCCAUGGAGGAGUUCGUACAAAAGGCCGACAAGUUGCUGGCCAGCAAACGAAUCAGCUCGGAGCUAGUCAAUGCCAUGGCCGAUACACUGAAUGUCAUCUGGCAGGAUAUAUUGAAUCUGUUGCACGAUCGCCAGCAUAUAUUGCACUUGUGCACACAGUUUCACGACAAGAUGACGCAGUGUUUCCGGCGCAUGGAUCAGCUGGAGCUGGCCUGCAGCGAGACAUCCCUUCCCACCGAGGUGGCUGGCGUUCAAGAGUUCCUAAACAGAUUUAAACAGUUGCGCAUUGAUAUGCUCACCGGUGUGAUGGCAGCUCUCAAGGAUGGCAAUGAGCUGCUGGCUCAGUUGCAGGAGCUGGAAAAGCUCGAGACACUGGACACGCGACCGGAGCACAUUAAGCGCGAUGCAACGAGAGCUGUGCAUCAAGUCCAGCAGUGGCUAGAGGCAUUGCACGAUCGUCGGAACUCACUGGAGCUCGAGUGGCAGACGCGCAAAACGCAGCUGGAGCAGUGUCUGGCCCUGAAGCUGCUCGGACGUGAGCUCAUUGAACUAGAGGCAGCGCUUCAGCAGGCCAGGCACGAGCUGAACACCAUGUAUAGUCUGGGAGAAUGCGAGCACUCAUCCAAUCAGGCCUUACUCAAGUAUCGCCAGUGGAAACAGCAGGCGCUGUUGCUCCGCGAUCGCGCUUUGAAAAUUACUCGAGCCAAGGAGAAAGUUCAGGCAUCGGGUCACUUUGCAGGGGAUGAAGAUUGCGCUCGUGCCUAUGCGGUGCUUAGUGGUUGUACGGAGCACCUGGAUCUGGUGGAUCAGCGGGAGCAUUGGCUGCAGCAGUCACGGGAUUUCUUUGCCAAGGCAGAGCACACACUCAGCGUGCUGGAGAAGCUCGAGCUGGAGCUGGCGAGCGUCAAAUUACCACCCAAUUCACCCGAGAGCUAUGCCAUGUUUGCCAAGGUAUCGCGAGAUGUGCGCACAUUCACGGAAGAGCCACUGCGCCUAGGCUAUGGCAUACUGGAUGAAGUGGGACGCACACAGCCGGAGACGCAGGGCAUUAAGCGUGUCCUCGACGAACUGGAGAACCGCAAGGCGUAUGUGGAGGGUAUCUGCGCGCACAGCACAGAGGAUCAUCAGCGUGUCCAGCGGGCACUGUCUGAAUUUCUGGCGCAGCACAACGAACUGCUCGCCUGGCUGCGCGCCUCCGGCCACCUGCAGCUGCAGCAAAGCAUCAGCAUGGGUCGCAAUCUACAUCAGGCCAAGCAGUUCCUACUGCAACAUCAUGAGCUAAUGCAGGAUCUGGAGAUCAAAGGUGAACUCAUCAAUCUGCUGCUUGAGUCGAUCAAACAGCAUCUGGAAUCACUUAGUCCGCAGCAGCGUUACGACGUGGACUCCAAGGCCGAGUCGCUGCACAAGCACUGGAUAGAGCUGAAGGAUCUAGUGCUGAAGCGCGUCGACUACGUCUCCCUGCUCAUUGAGUUCUUCGAGCAGGCCAAUGAGCUCUCUAGUCAACUGGAUCAUUUGCAGCGCCAGCUACUGCAAACGCCCGACGAGCACAAGUUGCAGUUCCUUCAAGCCACAUGGGCCAACAUCGCCGCCAGCUACGCCGAGCUGAAGUCAUCCGGCCAGCGAUUCAUCAACUUGAAAAUUGUGGAUCCAUAUCUCGAGACGAAAUCCUCUGUGCAGGCAGUGGAAGAGACGCUAAACGGCUUCAGUAAGCGGCAAGUCGACGUGUCGAGCAGUUUGGAAAAUUGGACAACGAGCAUUGCGGAGAAGCGUGAAGUUGAAUAUCUACUGGAGAAAGUCAUGAGUGAUAAUGAGGAAAUCGUCGCGAAGAGCACACAGGUGGAUACACAACUGUAUCCCGUGUUCAGCACAUCCAGCUUGGACUCCAAGCAACUGUUGACGAGCACACGCGAGAAGCUCUCCCAUGUCACAGAGGAUAUCGAGCGAGCGCAGGAGGAGAUUCAACAGCGCAUCCAAACCACACUGAGCAUACAGACAAAGGAUCAGCACUCGCUUUCCAAGAUCGAGCAGGUGAUCAACAAUCUGCGCAUGCUGAAGGCAAAAUUGGAUGGCAUCAAGUACGACUAUCGCACCCUCUUGGAGAGUGUGCUGCAGUUCCUCGAGAACAUUGUGCAGUUGCGCCGUGAGAUCGAUGCGUAUUUUGCCAAGCAGCAGCAGCCGCAGCCAAAGUCAUCGGGCGUGGACCGCACCAUUGCCGAGCAUGAGAAAUUCCGCGAACUGUGCAUGGAUAAAUUUAGAUCGUUAAUCACACAAUCCGAACUGCUGAUCGAUCGGGUGCGCAUAUUGGAGCCGCCUGGCGCUCGCGAAAUCGACACGGAUCGCAUUUUGAAGUUGUUGGAGAAUUUGCGCAUUCACUUCGAGUCGAACAACAGCGCCACGAUGUCGUCUCUGGAGCGUCUCGAGAAGAUCGAGCUGUUCCGCAACGAUCUGGAGGAUAUUGAUCGCAGUCUGGAUAGCGUCAGCAAGCAAUUGCACGAUAUUAAUGGACAGAGUGUGGAUAGUUUAGCUGCUGCCAAGACCACUUCGCUGGCAUUCGAGUACUUUGAACGUACCAUAGAGUGUUCAAUGCCCCAAAUAUUGAAAUCGACGCCACAUCAGCGACGGUGGGGUCAAACAGCGCAAACAGUGGAGCUGCUCGAGAAACGCAUUGAGAAGUUCACAGAGACGACGAGCCAGCAGCUGCUCAUUAGCAAUCCGGAAAGCGAAUCGUAUGUUAAGGACGAGCUGCGCAAGCUCAACGAGAAAUGGCAGAGUUUCAAGGACCAAGUGAAACAGAAACGAAAGAGCCUUAAUCAGGCAAGCGAGUUUUUCGAGGCGGUCGAAAAGAUCGAUGCGGAGUACCGCGAGAUAAGUUACUUCUACAACAGCGUCUCCAACAAGGUGCCCUAUUUACGGGAUGCCGUCGAAGCGUCCAACUUGGUCAAUGACAUUGAAAAGUAUGUGACCAGUCGGGAAGCGGCUCUACGCUCCAAACUGGACAGCGCGUCACACUGUGCGCACGACAUGAGCAAAGUUUCAACGCUGUACAACGAUGUGAUGAACAUAUUCCAGUCGUUUAUCAAACUUAAGAUGGACAUCAAUGUUGUGCAGGAGCGUCUGAAACAGGAGCAGCGUCAGCGGGAGCAGCGCGAGCGGGAUGCACGCGACCAGGCGGAACGGGACCAAGCGAUGCGCGAAGCGGAGGCCAAGGAGCGAUUGGCUCGGGAGGAGCAAGCGCGUCUGGAGGCACAGCGUCAACAGGCGGCCAUUGAACAGGCGCAACGCGAGCUGGCAGCUCGCCAACUAUCACUGCGGGAGCAGGCUGUGCGAGAGGAGGAGGCCAGACUGCAGGCGGUGCGUGAGCAGGCGGCAAGGGAGCAACAUGCUCGAGAGCAGUCUGCUCGCGAGGAGGAACAACGCAUUCAAGCAUUGCGCGACAUUGCGAAGCGGGAGGAGGAGCUGCGCAUGCAAGCUCUGCGAGAUGAGGAGGCACGUCUGCACACCAAACGCGCAGAGGAUAUCCGCAUGAAGCGCGAAGAGGAGAUCAGACAGAAACGCGAGGAGGAGGUCAGACAGAAACGCGAAGAGGAGAUCAGGCUGCAGCGCGAUGAGGAGUCCAGACAGAAGCGCGAGAACGAGGCACGCAUUCAGCGUGAGGAAAUAACGCGUCUACAAACGCUACGCGAUCAGGUGGAUCAGCAGCGCAUUGUCACGGAGAAUAUACGCAAGGAUAUACAAGUGAAUCAGAUAUUUACAGAGCUCCGCUAUGCCUCCCCCUUGUUUGUGCGUCCUCUGAAGGAUGCGUUGACCCGCGAGGGUGAACGCUUCGUGUUCGAAUGCGAGGUGACAGGUACUCCUGAGCCGAAUGUGGAGUGGUUCAAGGACGGCAUCAGCAUACAGAACAAUGCGGACUAUAAGACCAGCUUUGACAAGGGCAUCUGUCGCCUGGUCAUUGAAGAGACCUUUGCCGCGGAUACGGCACGAUUCACUUGUCGUGCUUCCAAUCUGGUCGGCACUUGCGACACCAAUGCCACAUUGACGGUGCGUGAGAAUGUUGCCGAGCUGCAGCUAGUGCCGCCACGCAUCCUGCGCUUCCUUGAGAGCGGCAAGGCAACCGAGGGUACAUCCUUCCAGUUCGCCUGCGUGGUCACCGGUGUCCCACUGCCCACUGUGCAAUGGUUUAAGAAUGACAAAUGCAUCGAUGACUCGCCGGAUUAUGUCAUCAGCUAUAACAACGGCGAGGCCACGUUGCGUUUCGAGGAGGUCUUCCUGGAGGAUGAUGCUGUCUACACGUGCAGUGCCUCAAAUCCUGCUGGCAUCGAACACUGCUCGGCUAGUUUGAUUGUGGAACCACUGGAACCCACUGAGCUGCCUUGCUUCAAGGUGUCACUGCAGAAUGCGAUGGCGCGUGUCGGUCAAAAGGUCAAGCUCGAGGCACUUGUCAGUGGAAUUCCCAUGCCCGAGAUCUGCUGGAUACACAAUGGCAAACCGUUCCAGCCACGCGACUCAAAAUAUGAAAACGGCCGCGUAACGUUCAUAAUACCGCAAGCUUAUCCCAACGACGCCGGAUCCUACGUGUUGAGUGCUAAGAACUUGGCUGGCGAGGCAUACACCAGUUGCAAUAUCAUUGUCAAAGGUCGUCUACCAAACGAGACGUCCGAUUCCGAGAUGGCCAGCGAUAUUGAGCCCAUCAGGCCGGCGGUCCAUAUACCGCUCAAGGAUGUAUCCAUUUUCGAAGGGAAACCGGUGCGUUUGGAUUGCGUGAUUGUGGGUCAACCGGAACCGGAGGUCAUUUGGUAUCAUAAUGAGCGACCUGUCAAGGAAUCGGCAGAUGUGCAGCUCCUCUUCCAGGGCGAUCGCUGCUCUCUCUUUAUACAGGAGGUGUACCAAGAGGAUGCGGGCAAUUAUAAAGUGGUUGCUAUCAAUUCGGCGGGUGAGGCCUCCAGCAGUUGUGAUCUGAAAGUGACGCCGCUGAACAUGUCAGAGCCAGCGACACGAGCAAAUGCAGAACGCCAAUCGCUGCCUAAGGAUUCGCAACCGAAAUUCGAGCGAUUACUCUCGGAUGUGCUCGUUGAUGAGGGGGAGCAGGUGGUGCUGGAGGUGCAGACUAGUGGCGAUCAACCGAUGCGAGCACAGUGGUAUCUGACCAACAAGGAACUGCAACUGGAUGAACGUGUCACAACAAAAUCCGAUGCAGAGGCCGGCAUAUUCAAGCUUAUCCUCAACAAUGUGGCUGCCAGCGACAAAGGCGUCUACACGGUCAAGGUCUCGAACAAUGCCGGCGAUGCCAAGUGUUUCUCGCAUUUGAUUGUCAAGUCGGUGAACGCGCCAGAGAAUCGUCGGAGUAGUCAAUCAUCUGUCGAGAUCGUCGAGCGACAUGUGUGCCCCGAGUUCAAGGAGCUCUUCAGUGACAAGCAGGCGCACAUUGACGAUGUCGUCAAGUUCGAGUGCAUUGUGGUUGGCAAGCCGACGCCCAAGGUGCAUUGGUAUUUCAAUGAUCAGCCGGUGCAUGGACAUAAUUUUCUGGUAUCCACUAGCGGUGACCGUCAGGUCCUGACUAUACAGCAACUGACCCAUGAUGCUGUCGGCAAGAUCAGCUGCGUCGCCGAGAAUGAGGCCGGCAAAGCGACUUGUGUUGCCUUCCUCAAUAUCAUUGGUAGUGGUCCGCUGGCCAGCAGCAAUGUGCAGUCAAUGACCCAGGAGCAUAAUACCGAAUCCUCGCGUGUGACGAUCAAGAAGCAAACAUUUACCACCACCUCCACAUCGCAGGUGAAUUCGUACGAAGGCAAUGUGCCACAAACCGAGGUGCAUCACUCCUCGGCGCACAUUGAUCAGUCGCUCAAGCAGCUGGGCCAACAGCGACCAGAGAUCGUCGAGACCCAUAACUACCAGGAGCUGCACAAGAGCAAGGAGAUGAGCAGUCCCAGCGUGCAGCAAAAAUCAUUCACGCUGGUCCAGUCCACAAAUGGAUCCUCACCGCUGCCCGCCCUGGCAAUGCCUGAAUCGCCGACCCGACUGCGCAAAGAGAUUGCACCACGUUUCACCACACCACUUACGGGCAGAAUUGUGGAUCAAGGUGCCAAUGUUAACAUGGAGGCCAUCUACGAUGGUUAUCCCUCGCCCGAAAUCAAGGUCGAGAAGAACGGUGGCCAAUUGUUCGACAAUGCGCACACAAAGAUAUCCAACAAGUGCAACCGUGUGACCAUUGAAUUGAAGGAGGUGGGCGUGGCUGAUGCUGGACGCUACGCGGUAACUGCAUCCAAUGCAGUGGGCCAGUCAACAAGCACCGCGGAUUUGGUUGUAAAAAAGACCAUCUUUCCACCAGUCUUCGGUCGACGCUUGCAGGCGCAGGUCAGCAAAAAGGGUGAGAAAUUGAUCAUGGAAGUGGAAGUCACAGGUUUGCCGGAGCCAACAGUCACUUGGCUCAGGGACGAAGUGCCAAUCAAGGAUGCUGGCAUCUCCGAGCAUCGUCUGCUUGCCCAGGGCAACACCUACAAGCUGAUCAUCGAGAGAGCACAAACGACGGACUCUGGCAAGUAUAUGGUGAGGGCCACCAAUGCUGGUGGUGAGGCGAAGAGCAUUGCAGAUUGUGCCAUAUUGGAGCCCUCGCCGGAACGCAUGCAGGAGGUGGUCAGGACGAUUGUCUAUGAGACGCCGGCAGCUAGUGAAUUCAAAACUGAACCCCAGUCUUAUCAGACUAAUCAAAGCGAUGCAACCACUGCCAACGAUCUGCAUGGCCUGUCCGAGUCGAAAGUAACCACUGAGCAUCGUUGCACCACCGAGGCAACGAUGCGACUAGAGCACAAAUCGACGUAUCUAGACCUGCCCGAGCUGAGUCCACGACCAAAGACACCAACCACCACCAACAUCGAUAAUAAGAACACUGCCAGCCCAGAUCAGACCGAUACACAGACCAGUUUCAAGACUGGCAUUACACAAACCCCACCGCAAGUGCCACCCAAACCCUGUACGCCUGUGGUGGCAACACCCUUUGGCCAGCAGCCACUGCAGUUGCAGCAACCACUUUCACAACAACCACCGCAGAUGCAUACGCAAAUCAACACCAGGUAUGAGAGCCGCAGCAGCGAAAAGAAAUCGUCUUCUUCCUUCGAGUACUUUAAGAAGAUGGACGAGGAGAGCGUCACCCAGCGACCCAAACCACUGGCCCAGAGGCCAUUGGAGACGUUGGUGCGUCAGCCCCAGGCUCAGAGCCUGGCCGAAGAAUUAAAAAGCAUGAAUCUUAUACCAGGAGCGCCGCCAGAGUUUUGCUACACGCCCAAAGGCGAGAAGCAGUUGCCCAAGCCACCGCUCAUCAAGGAAAAGAUCAAGCUCCUUCAGGAAGUGCAGCCUAUGGAGUCACCACCACAAGGUGGUGUUCCCGUCUUUCCACCGCCGCUUAAUCUGACGAGCAUGCAACAUGAGACCACAUUAACCAAGGAAGUAAAAGUGGAGUACGGUCAGCCCAUUGUGCGUCCAGCGGCGGUGCUCGCUACUCCAGCACAGCAAAAUACACGUUCGCCAUCUCCAAAGCCAUCGGCGGAAGGCGUGGCAAUGUCCAAGCUGUGGACUCCCAUCGGUGUCCCUGGCUACACAAGUGAUGUGGAGCAGAAGACGGAGCAACAGAUCAACGUUACUAAGCUGUCCUCCCCGACGCCCACCAAGGAGCUAAAUGCACCCUUCCUGGUGCAGCAGGUUGCCAGAAACAUAACGCCAGCUGCACCAACGACGCCCACAGCGGCGCCAGUCACUCGACUGAUCAACGUGCAACUUGAACCAGGCACUCCGCCAGAGAUCUGUUAUGCUCCGAAGCAGCCACAGCAGCAGGAGGAGGUGCGUCGCCAUUCGUUGGUGGAGAGCAUGGAGCAGAAAUUGGAACAGAAUCUCAUACAGGGUCCCAGCAAGGUGCUGCCCCAUUCGGUGCCUACUCUAACCCCGGUCGCACCACCACUCAAAUCAAAUGGCUCCACCCAUCGUCCACCGCCACCGGUGAUGCCCAGCCGGCUCGGUCCCCGGGAGCUUUACGAGAGUGACUACGAGAGUGAUCGCUACAAGUACAGCGGAAGUGAAUCUGAUGAGCCGGGAAAUCGAGCACGCCAACAACAGGCCACCAUGGAGUCAUCGUUCAAAUCGAGUGGCUACGCUGCCGAUACGGAGGAACACUCCAGCUAUCGCAAGUCGGAGACUAGUUUCUAUGAGACAAAGUCUUCAUCUUCAGCGAAUGCCGCACCACCCAAAAUGCAGCCUGAGCCACCGGCACAGCUGUACUUUACGCCGCAGGCUGCACCACCAACCCAAACUAGCUACAAUCAGGAGGCGAAGAACUACAAAUACACGUCGUCGAACAUGACGAGCAACAUGCGACAGAGCAGCAGCAGCUCCACACACCACGAGACCAAGUUCUCAUCGAAUGCCACGCCUGUAAUUAGCCAGCCCCAGCCCAGUCCGGUGCCGGCGCAGCGUAAAACACCCGCCACGGAAUUCAGUGACUACAGCAGCGAGGUGGACGAACGUUUCCGUUCGGUGUCGCGUGCCAAUGAAUCCGACUCGGAUAUCAAAGGCUAUCGCGUGGUAUUCCCACCAACACCGACACCACGUACCAAUAUCGCCAAUGGCCACAAAUCGCCCGUGGUGGUAGUGACGCCAUCGCCCAUGGAGUUUGAACCAAUGCCAGCCGAGUUGGGCAGCUAUACGCGCCCCAAAUUCGAACCCAUUGGUAAGGAGAUACGCCACGAGAUCAAAACGGAGUCCAGCUCCAAGCAGUACCAUUCACGUCAACAGCAGCCACAACAACAUGUCUUCAAGCCCAAACCGGUGGCAGCCAAGUUCAUAGCAGCAACCCAACAACAACAGCAACCGCUGCCCACAUCACGUCCAACCAUGUAUUACAAUGCCGUAGCUGGUGCCCCAAUGCAUACGGCCAAGGUGGCCCACGAGACGAAGAAUGUGAUGCAGAUGCACGAGUCGACGGAGAGCUCUCAGCGAGUUGUUAACAUGCAGCAGACCAAGCGCAUCAUUCACUUCGACAAUCAGCAACAGCAGCAACAGCCUGCCUUGGAGCCCUUCCCUUAUAGUCCGGCGGGCAGUCGGACGCCUUCGCGUCAGUCACACCUGCCACCCCCGGCCACGCCUACCAAGUUUACACCCGGCGAGUUUCGUGAGAGCGACUACGAGAGCGAGGUGGAGGGCGCUAGGAUUCAGCCCCUGUGGUCACCCUGUGGCGAUGGCCUGACAAAGGGUUAUCGUCGUGUGGCAGCGCCACAGUCUGGCGGUCGCUCCUGCAGCCUGCCGCGCACCUACGAGCGAGUGCUGUCGCCCAUGGAGUUUGAUCGUGGACCAGAGAUGCCCAGCAAGAUCCAUGUCGAUGUGAAUACGUUGCGCAAGGAGCAGCGAGGUGGCAGCACGGUGACCACACAGCAUCGCACCCAGUCCUUGAAUCGCAAAAGCACAAUGCAGCAACAGUAUGGCAACAAUAGGCUGCCAGAUGGCUCCAUGGAUCAGACGGAUCAGCAACAGCAGCUAAGAGGAGGCACCUUGCCACGCUCUGCCGGCUACAGUUCACUGCAGCAGCAGGCGGAGGGUCAGGGCCGGCGUAUGGGCUCUACGUUCCUGCAGAAGUCGCAUCAGUUCAUCGAGGAAGUAAGCAAGGAUAUGGAUAGUUCGAAUGUUGGACUGCGUCCAGGAUUCAGGCGUGCGCCCAGUGAGGGCAGCAAUCAGCCGCAGGCCUACAGAGAUGAAUCGCGUGUAUCCCAGUAUGGCACCAAAUGCGUCGAUCCCAAUACCGGUUUAAUCUAUUUCAAAUACGACUUUGGCUACGAGUUCGGCAUACUCUUUCCCGGCGAGGGCCACAAGUUCGUGAGCAGCCAGUGGAACAGCAAAGGCGGCACCAGCAACAACAACAGCCUCAACAACUCCUCCAACUGUUCCACCACCAGCAUCCACCAUAGUCGCAAUGCGCCGUAUCCGCUGAAGCUAGGCGCCGGCAAUGAGUUGGUUAUACCCGUGCAACACGAACGCACACUGGGCAGCAGCGCCCAGCCCCUACAGGGCUACAGUUCCGACAGCGAGACGCAGCGUCGCAGCUAUGCGCGUGUCAAGGCGAUGGCGCCACGCAUAUACGCCCAGAAGCGCUACAGUCUGCCCAGCGGCCACAGCCUCGACAUUCAUCUAGAUCGCCUGCAUGCGCAGGCACCGCGUCUGCCGCCCGAGCAGAUGGUGCGCACAGUGCCGGAAUUGCCCAAUACGGAGCCAGUCAAUGCCCAUUUGAAUCGCGAUGAGCUGGCACAAAGGCCUCCCUUAUUCAUAACGCCACUGAAAGACAUUGCGGUGGGUGUGGGUGGCACAGCACGGUUCGAGUGCAUUGUGCAGGCGCAUCCGCAGCCGCAGAUUAACUGGACGCACAACGGAUCUAAUUUGGAGCAGUGGGGCGGAAACAGUGGCAGCAGCAGCAGUCGUCGGCAUAUCAUUGAAUACCGGAACGGCGUGUGCCGUCUAACACUGCCCCAGGCGUAUCCGGUUGAUAAUGGGAGCUACGCUUGCAGCGCCAUGAAUCCCUUGGGGGCGGCCAGCACCAUCGGAAAUUUGAACGUUUCGAGCAUAAAUCGUGGAUUUAGAUAUUAAGCAUAUUUAUAUAUAUAUACAUAUCUUUAUUUAUUUACUUAUGAUUUGUUCAUGCCAAAGGUUUUUACAUUUUUAUUGUGUGUGUGCGUGUCCUUUAAUUCUGUUAUUUGGUUUUGAUUGAAUGCGAAAAAUCAAAACUAAAAACCCCCCACUACGUUCAUGUUGAGGGAGUAUAGUAUUACUUGUGUUUUUUCUUGUCGACAAUUACAAUAAAUCAAAUCAAAACGA